AUGACGGUCUCCGAUGAAGUUUUUGGCAAGCCGUAUGAUCAGUUCCUCCUCUUUGGAGACUCGAUCACCGAAAUUUCCAGCAAUCAGGAUCUGGGAUUUGGCUUUCAGCCAGCAUUGCAAGACGUAUACUGUCGCAAGUUGGAUGUCCUGAACCGUGGAUUUUCCGGAUAUUCCAGUGCCCAUGCCAUCAAAGUCUUUCCCAAAUUCUUUCCGUCGCCGGAGACUGCCACAGUGCGAUUCAUAGCUAUCUUCUUCGGUGCCAAUGAUGCCGCAGUUCCUGGACAUAACCAGCAUAUUCCUCUUGAGCAGUACAAGGAGAACCUGCGGCAAAUCACUCAACAUCCAGCAAUGCUUGCCCAAAAUCCCCACAUUAUUUUCAUUACUCCUCCACCAGUGAACGAAUACCAAUUGGAGGGCUUCGACAAUGAUAAAAACACUGUUCACCCCAGCCGGACUGCCGCUAUCACAAAGACAUACGCCGAGGGAAUGAAAGAGCUCGGUGCAUCGUUGAAGAUUCCAGUGGUGGAUAUCUGGUCUGCCUUCACGUCGUCGGUGGGUUGGACAGAAGGCCAGCCUCUCAUUGGAUCUCGAGAGGCACCCAAUAGCAAGGCAUUCAGCGAUCUUUUCACCGAUGGAUUGCAUCUGACAGCCGCUGGAUACCGCAUUGUCAACUCUGAGUUGCUGAACACACUCAAGGCUAAUUGGCCUGAACAAGGCCCAGAAGCUCUGCCGAUGGUUUAUCCUCCGUGGCCUGAGGCGCCUAAAUGA